AUGGUCACCACUUUCGCCAUGACCAGUGCAUCAACCCCCACCACGACAGCCGUCGGUUCGACCAUUGCCGCCUCUUCUCCCCCCCUUGGAGCGAUCGUCGGUGGAGCAGUCGCAGGAGUCGUGGCACUGGCCGCCCUACUAUGGGUGCUCCUGUUCCUUCGACGGAGAGCACAUCUUUCCUCGCCGGUCCUCGACAAGACCGCUCUACAGCGCGACGGGAAUCUCAGCGAACAGUUCAACAGCUCCCCCUCACGUGUUCAGGUGAUGGGAAAGUCCACCGCUUCCGUCGCCUGUCCGUCAAGCGGACUGAGUUACAGUCCCUCCACGAGGUCAGCGCAGCUCACCGGUCGAAUCCGAGAGCUCGAAGAGCGCUUGCGCGAGCAGUCCUCAGCCUCCAUUACCGGCGGAGAACGACCUGUCGGCAGACGCGAGCCCACAGACGGGGAUAGUGCGACAACCAUGCGGGAUAUACUGCUUGAGUUGCAGGCGCUGCGGGAGGGCUUCGCGCGACUAGAGCGCGAACAGAGGCUGCUCUCCGAGCCGCUGCCGAGCUACGGCGAGUAG